AUGGACACAGGCAAACGGCUAGCAGAGAAGAUGGCGGAACACACCGAAACAGAAAUCAACACAUCAGCCGCCCUGAUACAACUACCGCCAUACAACUCGAUCAACACCAGGAGUUGGUUUAUUCAACUUGAGGCGAUAUUUUCAGCACGAAAGGUCACACGACAGGACACUAAAUACGCCUCCGUGGUACAAGCCUUACCAGCAUCAAUCGUUGAAGAAGUGGAAGACAUCCUUCUCAAUACUCCGGACCAACUCCCAUACACCUGCCUCAAAGAAGCCAUCCUCAAACGAACUGGACGUUCGGACGAAGACCUCAUCAGAGACUUAUUCUCUAAUGUGUCUCUCGGCGAUAGGACACCAUCCCAGCUCCUCCGCCUGAUGAAGAGCCGCCUCGGGAACAACACCAUGGCAGAACCCAUCCUCCGAGGGCUAUGGAUGGAUCGGUUACCACCGAAUAUAACACAAGUUCUAGCCCUGGUACCAGUAGAGACGCCCCUUGACGUUGUGGCCGACUCAGCCGACAAAAUAUACUCCCAGGCUCACCAAAAAGUUCACCAGGUUGAGAGCCACGGAAACCACACACAACGCCUCGAAGAGGAUAUGACCCAUCUACGCGCAGAGUUAAGAGACCUGAAACUCUCCCUAUGCCGGAGGCAGCGAAGCCCAGCACCACGCACGCGAAAUCGAAGCCGUACCCGCAGCUCAAGUCCAGGACGGAGAAACAGUGUGGACGAAUGUUGGUACCACCAAACCUUCGGGAAACGAAUAGACCGACAGGCAGCGACGACGAUCCCUGUCGGUACUCGCUCACACAGUCGUCUCUUCUACGUGUGGGACCGUAACAAUGGCCUCAAAUUCCUAGUUGACACUGGCGCAGCCAUCAGCGUAAUACCACCCACCAACAGAUCCGCCUUGAAACCCACCCCAUUCCAACUUCGAGCGGCAAACGGCUCCACCAUAGAAACCUAUGGGAACAAGGAACUUACUUUGAAUAUCAACCUCAGGCGCGACUUCAAGUGGUCAUUCACCGUAGCUGACGUCAGGACAUCCUUGCUCGGUGCCGACUUCUUGGCACAUUACAACCUGGCUGUCCAUGUGAAGACAAGGACCCUGUCCGACAACAUGACAACCAUCAAGAUCACAGGGAUCCCAUCGAGCUUCAACACAACUAGGAUCAGCGUGGCAACACAGCACGACCCCCACUACGUAGAAAUCCUGCGCCGGUACAAGCACCUCACGCAACCCAUCAAACCAACUGAUGCAGGCGACCAUCAGACCCAACACCAUAUAAAGACCACCGGACAACCAGCAUAUUCACGGCCACGACGACUCCUCCACACAAAUUAG